CAUCAUCAUCAUCAUCGGCUCUUCAUCUUCACCACACUCUCGUCGUCUUCCCCCAAAAUUCUUGGGCCUCAUCCCGCAAUUAAGGAUUUGGCUUGAUCGGUUCUUCAAUAAAUCAUCAAGGAGCAAACAAAGGACAACUUCAGCAAAUCAGGGUAGAGAAGAAAAUUUUGAAGCUAUCUCUAAUGCAUCCAUUAUACCAAAUCAAACCACCAAUCGGCCUGAGCUCACUUACCAGAUGCAACGUCCAGAUAUUUGUCUUGAAACACAUUCCAUGAACCCUUUGCCAACACAAACUCCAGCCAUUUGUGUUGAAACACAAUCCAUGUACACUUUGCCAAUACAAUCUCCACAGGUUGUUUUUGAGGGAUCAAGUCAACAAAGUUUUUCUUUUGAGAAUUCUCCACUUAUGUCCAUGACAAACUUGCUACUGGCACAACAACCACUUGGUUUUGUUGAUUUGAUUACAAACAACUCCUACCGCUGUGAUAAUGCUAAUUAUGAUCUUGAUCCCGAGAAUUCUAAUUUUAGUGAGAAAUGUGAUUGUCCAUUUCCAUGCCCAAACAUCAUGUUUUGUAAGAGCAAAACAAAAAAAUUAGGGAGAAUGGUUUUGUUAUGCCACUCAUAUUCUUAAGACGUAGUGUUGAAUUUGGUGAACUUCUAAUGUUGUAGUGGUUGUGAAAUAAGGGAAGUUCUUUGACAUUUUUAAAACUCUUGUUUUUGCUAUCGAGCUUUAGUUCAUGAAAUUCAUGAUAGAUAAAAUUUCAAACAUCGAACUACUCUCAAAUUCAA